AUAGUAAUGGUAAUUUAAAACCAUGUCCAUGUUCACAAGCUUUACAUAAAGGGAUGCUUCAGCAGUUUUGAAACACAAAGCAACCAAGCAAACAUAAAACUUUCCGAAACUGCAGGGUAUUGUAAGAAACAAACAUGGCUGUUGGGUCGCUUGGAGACAACAUAGGAUUGAAAGAAGAGUUCAUCACCAAUGUGUGUGGUUUGGCCUUCCAAGCUAACAUGUCACCGGAGAAUCUCUACCAUUUCCAUGAGAUUGAGAUUUUUUCCGAAAUUUAUCAUGUUUUCAGCUUUUCAGGGUCUUGGAACCCCCAUGAAUGGCUUGUUAAUAACAAACCUUUUGGGGAAACAAAGAUAGAUCAUGCCCUGUUUCCUUCACUUAGAAGUAUUGGCAAUGAUGAAGCUGCUUUGGUGAAUGAAGGCUUCGCAAAGAGAUUCGACCUCAUAUUGAAAACUAGCUCCAUUAAAUCUGAGGUGAAUAAGGCUAUGGUUGAUGGAAAGCAAGUAGUGUUUACAGGGCACUCUUCUGGUGCUGCAAUAGCAAUUCUUGCUACCUUUUGGGCCUUGGAAGAGUACCUUAACCCAACCAAACCCCAAAACCUCAAGCAUCCCUUUUGUGUUACUUUUGGGUCUCCCUUAAUUGGCAAUCAUAUAUUCUCUCACUCUUCAAGGAGAGAAAAUUGGUCUCACUAUUUCAUACACUUUGUUUUGAGGUAUGACAUAGUGCCAAGGAUUUUGCUUGCUCCCUUCUCUUCUGUUGGCCAAACUUUUAGCUCUAUUCUUCAAAUCUUGGACCCCAACUUCGAAACUUCCACCCAAGACCCAACAAGGAAUUGUGUAAUCUCUCAAUUUUACUCAACUGUGAUGACAAACGCAGCAACUGUUACAAGCCAUGCUGCUGGCAUUCUCAUGGGCAGCACAAACAUGUUAUUGGAGACAGUGACGAAUUUUGUUGACUUAAGCCCUUAUAGGCCCUUUGGAACAUAUGUUUUCUGCAAUGGAAAUGGACAGCUGAUUGUGGUGAAAAACUCAGAUGCUGUUUUGCAACUCUUGUUCCACACUGCUCAGUUAAGCAAUUUUGCAGAACUAGAAGAAGUUGCCAAUAAUAGCAUAUUGCAACACCUGAACUAUGUGGCUGAGUUGCAGGAAAGCUUGGGAAUGCAGAAUGUAGUGUACUUGGAGCAACUUGAGCAACUUCCCUUGUCAGCUGAUGGUUCAAAUAGCGAUGUUGCAACAGCCUUGGAUGGCCUUGGACUGAGCCCAAGAGCAAGACUUUGCCUUCGAGCAGCAGCAAAUUUGGCGACAAGAAAACUUGACAACGAAGAUAAAAUCAAACAAAAGAAAGUUUUUAUUGAGCAAAAAAUGAAAGACCUUAAAAAAUACAGAGAAAUGUGGGAGCAUCAAAACGUUGGUUUCUACGAUGGCUUCAGGGAGCACAAGAAAAAAGAGGACUUCAAGGCAAAUGUGACAAGGCUAGAGUUGGCAAGUGUGUGGGACGAGAUCAUGGAAAAGCUAAGAAGUUACCAACUCCCAGAUGAGUUUGAAGGCAACAAAGAAUGGGUAGAUCUUGGAUCAAGGUUUCGACAACUAAUGGAGCCUCUAGAUAUUGCCAAUUAUUACCGUCAUGCAAGGCAUUACGAGGAUGGUUCUUCUUCUUACAUGCUUAGGGGAAGGCCUAAACGAUAUAGGUACACCCAAAAAUGGUUGGAACAUGCUGAGAGAAGGCCACAGGAACCUAGCUCCACAUCUUGUUUCUGGGCUGAGGUGGAGGAUCUUCGCUACAAAACCAGUUAUAGUAAUAGCUCAUCAUUUGAAGAUGUUAAGGAAAGGGUUGAGCAAUUGGAGGCUCAAUUACAAGCAUGGAGCGAAAAGGGGGAGUUGGCUAAUGAUGUCUUCUUGGAGGGUUCUACCUUGGUCAAGUGGUGGAAAACUCUACCUCUACAACACAAGCAACAAUCAUGCAUUAGAAAUCUAAUAAAUGAGUGACAGAUCAAGACAAACAUGCAUUAGGCUGUGUUUUUUUUUUUUUUUUUCACAUUCAAUCAUGUCGAACAUCAAAGCUCUCUCACAAAAACUACGUUCAACAUACUUCGGAAUGUGUGAUAUGUGUAAAACAAACACACACUUAAAUGUCUUCUUGGAGGGUUCUACCUUGGUGAAGUGUGUUGGCUGAGUGAACUUUUCUUAUUUCUCUUAUUUAUUGUAUUUUAUUUUCAUGCUUCUUUCUAUUGUGUGUUAUGUAAUAAACAUGUAGUUUCUUCUACGUUCUCUAUCUAUCUGAAAACAAAUGGGUAUUGAAUAUGUACUAUCGAUGACAGGUGAACGAAAUGGCUUUGUAAUUAUUAUUGUA